UAGAACAUCAAGCUUAUAUGCAUACAAUACAUACAUUGUAGUUUUGCCAAUAUUUACAUUUUAGUUCACAGCAUGAAUUUACAAGACACACUGAAGCAAAAAGUCAUGAGCUCAACCACCUCUACAAAAGUGCUCUGUGUGAAAAGUGGGCCAUCAAUAUGCCACAGAAUAUAAAUGUCUUGAGAGGAGCCUGUGUGACCAUCCCCUGCUCCUUUGAUGUAAACAGCGACCAUGAAAAAAACUUAGAUCAUACAUGUAAAGCAUAUUGGAGUGAUUCACUUCCAAUUAGUGGUGAAAAUGCAAAACUAAAGCCAACUAAAGACAUGACAGGAGAUCUAACAAAGAAAGACUGCACCACAACUUUCAAUGAUGCAAGUCUUCUUCAAAGUACUAAAUAUUACUUCAGACUGGAGUGUGAUAAUGCACUGAAAAUCACUUUUUCACAAGCUGGUGUGGAUAUUUCAGUAAAAGAUGAUCCUCCUUCACCGACUCUGACUCCAUCCACACUGGAGGUGGAGGAGGGAACCUCAGUGAGUCUGACGUGCUCUGCUCCAGCUCCAUGUUGGUCUCAUCCUCCAGCUCUGACAUGGACCCCUAACCUGGGUCAGAGUCAGGAGACACUGCAGGAGAAUCAGGACAAAACUAAAGUCAAGACCUCUGUUAUGAAUUUCACUGCUUCUCACCUCCAUCAUGGAAAUAAAAUCUCCUGCACUGCUGUCUACAAGAACAAUCGUGGUAGCACUGAUGUCACUGCUGAAACAAGUUUAGCCGCUGAUAUUUCAUAUUCACCCAAAGAUGUACAAAUUUCAGUCAGUCCCUCUUGUCCAGUACCAGAGAACAGCAAUGUGAGUCUGACCUGCAGCAGUAAUGCCAACCCAGCAGUAGAAAACUACACCUGGUACAGAGCUGAUGGAGACCAGGAGACUUUUAUUGGGACAGGAAUGAGUUUAAAUAUUAAAGUCUCCAGAGACAGACGAAGAUUUUUCUGCAAGGCUGAAAAUCAGAUCGGAGUUGGACAUUCUAACCUGACUCACCUUGUUGUUCAGUAUUGUGAAACACAUUGUGGAUUUUACAGUGGAGUCCUUCCUUGGGUCCUUGCUGGUGUGUUUUUCAGUAUCAGUGUGAUCUGUGCAGCUUUCCUUUGUAAAGUACAAAAGAAUGUGAAGCCACAAGAAGAGGACAGAACUUACAUGUCACUGAAUCGUAGAAAUGUCAGCUCUUCAGAGUAUGAUGUCAUUAACACAGCUCCAAAGUGACCUUCACUGAUCCUUCAGGAUUGCUCUAUCGAUCUAUCGAUCUAUCUAUCUAUCUAAUUUUGUUUUAUUUUGUGUUUCUAGAUAAAUAAUUCUCAGUCACACUUCUCUUUAUUGAAUGCAUUUAAUAGCCACUGAGCGCUUAUUCAUCAGUUUUCAUCAAAGGGUGCUGGACCUGCUCAAUUUAGUGGGAUUGAGCAAAUCCAGUAGAAAACGCUUCCUAAAGCUUUGAUACUGACUAUAAUCCUGUUUGUUGAUAAUGUAAAUUUAUAUUAAACUUCACAGGCUAUAGUUUUUUUCUUUGUUUUCUUUUUUGAUAAUAUGUUCAUUUUGCAUUUAAUGUUUAUCAGUAGGUUACAUAAGCUUUUAACAGCACUGUUUAGAAAAUAGAGACAUUAAUGAUCUACACAGCUGCUCUUUUCUAUGUUUAAGAGAAAGACCUUGAAUAGUUGAGCUGCCUUGUGAGACCUGCCACAUAUUAGUGUCCUGUACAUUUGCCCUGUUAUCAGCAUUUAUGUUUCUCACACAUGAUUGCCUGAUUAUUUCCUAAUCAACCAAGUUUAUUGCACUAAAUGUUUAGAGUAAGAUAUCCUGUCACCUGAAUGUCAUUCAUGCACAGCUGAACCUUGUACCACCAAUAUUACCACAACAAAUGAAUAAAUUGAACUGCUCAACAGUUUUCAUUUUA